AUGGUUCUCCAGCAUCUCUUCCGCUUGUCCUCCAUCUUCCGCUCUACAGUCUCUGUUCAUCUACGAAGAAAUAUUGGACUGACGGCCAUAGCUUUCAACAAGGCUAAGGAACUGGACCCCAUUCAGAAACUCUUUGUGGAUAAGAUCAGGGAUUAUAGGGCAAAGAGCCAAGCAAGUGGUGCUGCAGUUGAUGCUGGCCCCGAAUACCAGAAGGACCUUACCGAAGACAUCGGCAAACUACAGCGGUUAUAUGGCGGAGGAGACUUGGAGAAGUUCCCAGAAUUCAGGUUUGAAGAACCAAAACUUGACGAAGUUCCUAAGUAAAAUUUCCUUAACUCGGAAUUCGGAUGUCACCUGUCUCAUGUGUUCCUAGUAAAUUAAUAAACCACUUUGGUGAAGACUUU